UUUAGGGAAAGAUUAAAAUACGUGUUCUACUGUUUGUAAAAACAGGAAAUGAUUUUCUGUCUUUUACCUCAUGACACAAAUGAUGAUGAUUUUUUUUUUGACUUUUUUUUUUGGGGGGGGGGGGGGGGUACGGUGACCUUGCCCGAAAAAAAUUACGCAAUGCCCGAAUGCGUGAUUGUUGAAAUCGAGAUGCAAAACGCACUCAUGAUCAAAUUGCAUGAAAAACAGAAACGUUCACAAUUCUUGCAUCUAAUGGACUGCUAUAAUUUCAGAAAUACUUACAUUGAGAGCUUGCAUACUCAAUGACCUCAAUCAGCAGUCUCCAUUUUUUGCCCAAAUUUUUGCCAAUUCUGCUCGUAAAAGUUACAUAAUUUCCGUAGAUGGGAAGCUGCAACCUCCGCCUCCGCCUCCACCCCCCAGUUCGCACGCUUAUGAUCGAGGAGAUAAAUGAGCUUAUACUCUGUAGAAAAGAUUUUUGAAUAUUGAACGUUGCUAAUGCCCAGGCACUGAUGACCGGAGCGAGUGAAAGUUAGAUCAGUGGAAGACAAUCUUUUUUGUUGACAUGUUUCGCCAUUUUAAAACCUUUCACUGUCCCCACCCAGGGUCUCGAAGGAUGAACGAAUUAUAGCCUUCGGGAAAUAUUCAGUGUAAAGGCUUGACAGUUUUCGAGCGAUUUAUAAACCAUCUUCUACCUGUUAUUCUGUUUUAUGGAACUCAGACACAAAGAAACGCUUGUGCACAACUAAGCGGUUUAAGUCCUUUCUGUUCUACCGCCUGCCCUCCUUAAGAAAAAUCGAUUUUUUUUCCCUUGAGUAAUGCAGGCGUUGUGGUGUACUUAGCAUUGACACGAUCUUCAAAGUUUUGUCUGUGCGGUGAAAAGGAUAUUAAUGACGCUAGAAAAACGUCACCCUGGCACAGAAAAUUGGUGUAGAGAAAACGGAUUUACAGCCAAAAGAAGUCAAACAUGCCACCAGGCACUGGGGAAUUACAGCGAAACAAAUUGCCUGUCAGUUUGGUUAAAAUAAGAUGCAAUUUAAGGUGUGGAAAAUCCGGAGGUGAUUUUGCAUAAUCCUUAUCGCUUCCUUCUGAUGAAGCAAUUCCGAGGUGUGGCGGAGAAAUUAAUUUCUCUUGUCAAUUUCCAUAUCAUAACAAUCACAAUUUGUUGUGGAUUGCAGCGCUUGGCUACUUUGUCAAUCGUUCGCCCGUGAGUUGCAGAUGAUAUUUUCGUCUGGUGAAAAGCUAGGAGUGUUUCACUCAAAACAGACGUUCGAUUUUAGCUACAUAUUUUCCGCGCGUUACAUGUGCCUUGUGUGACCGUGUUUUCGCGUGUCGCUGAUUCAUUAGACUCGCUCGACUGAAUGUUGACAUCAUAACAUUGGGGUCGAUUUCUGUAAAGACUUUCGCCGAGCCAUAUCGCCUCUGGAUUCAAAGAAAUAUCUUUAACCACUGCACAAUCAGGUUGCAUGCAGGAGGAAGCAAGGACAAAGCCUUUUACUGACAAAUUACCUAAUGAAGGACCGCGUUUCAUAGCGACAGCGGUCAUACGCCCCCAAAACGUGCGCAAUGGCGAGGAAACUCCCCGGAAGGGUACUGAAAAUGGAGCGAAAGUACCUGAAGUCUUGGGGCUGCCCGCAGUAACGCGUGUGGGUCUUUCGUCUUACUCUAAUGGACAAUUUGGCUCAGAGUCGCUAACAAAUGUUGCUGAUAGAAGCCCUUGUUUGGGUAAGUCCAAAGAGACAUCUGAAAAGGAAAGAAACAUGGCAUCAAGCUCAUCUAUUUCCGAGUCUGAGCCAGAUACGCGUGCAGGCGGUAGUAUCCGCGCUAGAAUAGCGGCGCUGUCCGCGGCAGCAGGCGUGUCAAGAUUGAACGUGACUCCAGGCAGGGAACAGUCGAAGAUUACUAUAACAAAAGGCGCCAUUCAGUCAGCUGAGGACGAAACGCACGGAAGGAUUAGAGCAGGCUUAUUCGCUGAAUCAUCAAAAUCAAGCGAAAAAGCGGCCGAUACAGAAAGUCAACACGAAUUUUCAAAAAUUUCUGCCAAAGAUGGUGUUGCAUUCAAUGUUGGAUUUCAAAAUGCAUCAAAGAGUCGACCUCCGCCUCGUGUGCUGUCAAGAUUUACGACUGCCAAUCUAGAACGAAAGGACGAGGCCGUUGUUUCUGAACCUCGGAUUGUAAGUAACACUGAAACUGAGGCAGUAAAGGACAAAUCUGUAGCGUUUGAAGUGAGUUUCGAUGAUGAACCGCGUUCAAAACGCGCCAAAGAUGAGCCGGUUUUGCUGCAGUCACCGUUUAAGGCACUCAAAACGCGUUCAAACCUCAGACGCCAUCAAAAAUCAAAGCCUUGUCAGCCUCAAGGUGCACAACCCAUUUCUUUCUCGAACGUUGCUGAUAAAGGUUUCCUGGCUUCUUCUCAGAGGGAUGAGUCAAAAUCCAAACGCGAUCCAUCUUUUGGCAGUGAAAUUGGCGAAAAGGCGUCAGAUUCAUCUGGCAAUCUAAAAGCAACGCAGAAACAAUGCGAGUUUUCCUUUGUUUCAGAAAAACGCGUUACGGAAAUAGAACUAAGUGGAGAAUUACCUGUUGAUACUGCUUGGAACGCUAUUGCCAUAAAGCCGGAAGCUUUUAAAGAGCAGAGUGACAUUGAAGUACCAAAGCUGCUAAAACGAAACACUUUCACUUUAGGUACAGUGUCCGACCAAGGGUUACCAAUCGUUAAGGUACUGAAUGAACUUGCGAGUAAAGAGGAAUCUAAAGAGGAUAUAGGUCUACCAACAGGUGAGCAAGUCUCAAAGCGUAGCACCUUCACCUUAGAUACGGUGUCCGACGAAGGGUUGCCAAUCGAACUUGCCAGUAAAGAGGAAUGUAAAGUGGAUAUAGGUGUACCAACAGGUGAACAAGUCUCCAAGCGUGGCACCUUCACCUUAGAUCCUGUGUCCCAGUCUAUAGAGAAUGCAAGUAGUGAAGGAUUACCUGUUGUCAAAGUGCUCAACGAAUUGGCAAACAAGGCGGAAUUUCAACAAAGUAAACUGCAGUCGGAUGCUGAUACCUCAUCGCUGCCAGAUGACAAGGCGCAGAAGCGAGGCACGUUCACUUUGGAUAGCGUGUCUCAAGAAAUAGAAAGCGUGAUCGAACAAAGUGGAAUAGUAACUGAUGUUUCACAUGUAACGGCGAAGAACUUGAGUGAACGGGAUGACAACUCUCUUCCAGAUAAACCGGUUCCAGAUGAUGCAUUAGCAAAAGAGGAUUUAACAUCGAAAGAGAUCAACGAACCUUCAGAGAAACGAUCCACUUACACCUUAGAUGCAGUUUCUUCUUCGCUGCAAAGUGGAGUGGACGACGGUGUACCUGUUGCUGAGGUCUUAUGCCAACUCGCCAAACGCGAAGAACUGAAAUCAUCAACCUUGCCUGGUGCUGGUGAUUCUUCAGCGCAAGUUGAGUAUGUUCCAAAGCGUGGUACGUUUACUCUGGACACCGUGUCACAGACGUUAGAAGAUGCUCAGGAGCAAGGCUUGCCAACAGUGGAUGUGUUAGAUCAGCUUGCGUCUGAACACGAGUCGUAUCCGUCACUAGGCACAUCUUUAGAAAACACGUCCAAACCAUCCCAAAACAGGGGAACCUACACAUUAGACACGGUGUCACACGCGAUUGAGGAAGCAGUGGAAUUAGGAAUUCCUGCAUCCGUGACAUUAAAUCGCCUAGCUCAGGAAGGGAAGCCAUUACGGAAUACCCCUGCGCAUGGAGAUGAUGAUUCUUCCUGUGGCGAUGCUGCGUGUGGUCUCAAAACUCACCGAGCGCUCUCUCCCGACCAUCGAGACGAGAUCGAGGCUUCGUUUGAGGAUGCUCUGGAGCAACUUGAGGAUUGUGUGACUUUUGUAGCGUUCCCAGCGGCUUCUCAUCGAGAACGACCGUUUUCUGAUCGGAAACGAUCGCCUCCAGGUCGGGAACUAUCGUCUUCUGAUCGGGAGCAAUCGUCUUCUAAUCGGGAACGAUCGUCACUUGAUCGGGAAGGAGGGCCUUCCAAUCGGGAACGAUCGUCAUCUGAUCGGGAACUAUCUUCGGAGACGUCAGGGAAGCGUGGCACUUACAAUCUUGACGACGUUGAAAACACAGUUGAAGGCGGCGUACAAGAUGGCGUCCCCGUGGUUGAAACAUUAGAACGUUUGUCUAAAACGAACACUAGUUCCAAGGAGAAGGUUUCAGACGCUCAGUUGUCUGUGCAAAAAAGGAGAACCUACACUUUGGAUGAAGUCUCACUUUCGUUGAAGGCUGCUUCAGAACAGGGCAUUCCUGUAGUGGAAGCUUUGAAAAACAUGACGAAAGCUAAGGAAGCUGCCAGAGGGACUGGAGAGAGUGCACAGAAGCGAGGCACUUACACCCUGAAUGACGUAUCGAAAUCUCUGGAGCACGCUAAGAAAACCGGGAUACCUGUUAUUGAAGCUCUCGAGUCCUUGUCAAAGGAAAAACCACCAAGUCCACUACUGAUUAAGAUACCAGAGAGAAGUGCAGAAAACAGAGGAACAUACACUCUGGAUGAAGUGAGUUAUACCUUGGAAAAGGCGAAAGAAAAAGGGCUUCCUGUUGUCGAUGCCUUGGGACAAAUGACUGUGCCUAAAGAUGUUUCGCUCAGGCAGACGCCAGACGCUGUCCAUCGAAGACAAGAGAAACUGGUAAACAGGAAGACUUAUGCGCUGGCGAGUCCGCUGGAGACGAUUGGCGAAGGGGCAAAGUUGCGUCUUUACGAUGGAAGCCAAAGACAAUUGAUGUCGCCGCUGAGUUUGCACGCGAAAGCUAAAGAAUUGACAACAUCAAAAACCAGUGGCAAUGAGAGCAAGGCUAGAGGCUUAGGUGUCGUUCAGAAGUUAGAUUUCUUGACUUCCGCGUGCGAGCUUUUGUUACAAGCGAAUGCUAAAGAGAUGUCUAAGGAUCUACAGACGACUGCUCCAUGUCUGGAAAAUACUCGGAACAAUCCGACAUCGGACGAAUCUGUACGAAGACCACACGAAGAUCACCCUGAACUUGUGAACGAAAGCGUUAAAAAUGAAAAAUCUUGUCUUGGUGGCAAUCAAACUGAGCGCCGGACUUAUUCUUUAGACAGUGUUUCACAGACUAUUGACGACGCAAAAGCUGCAGGAAUUCCAGUUGUUGACGCUCUAAGAGCUGUCACAUCUGCUGCGAAAACUGAUACACAUAGGACAAAUCUAAUGCGCCUCAACUCAAAGUCCGACUCAGAGCUAAUUAAUGAAGGUAACGAGAAACACUCGGCCGAGAGGUACACUCACUCACUAGAGGACAUGUCGAGGACACUUGAAGACGCUAAGAAGGCAGGAAUACCUGUCAUACAAGCACUGGACCAACUCACAAAUGAACUGGUGGAAUUCUCAAGAACAACUUUAGGAGGAAAGUUGAAGACAGCGCCAUUAGACAAAGAGAACCGGAAACGUAAGCGCUACUCAGAAACAACUAUCCGCCAUCAUAAACCAACGCGUGAGCAAUCGCCUAACACCUCUCCCCUCGCGUCACCUUACCCCCCACCCAUAAGGAAAGCUUAUUCGCUAGAUGACGUUGCCUUCGCUGUGCAGAAGGCGUUCCAGUCUGGUACGUCUUUAAGUGACUUUUUGGACAGCAUUGCAUCUGAAAAACCUGCUGAACCGGUUUCAUCUUCCAGGGACGUCAGACCGCGUUCUGUGGAUUCCGGUUUUCUGUCUUCGUUAUCCGACUACGAUAUCUCGUCGCAAAGUUUCGAUUCUUCGCGUAACCGAAGCAAUACUUUCAUUCUUGAUAGUUCCAACGAAGAGCUCGAUUUAGCAAAAAUCGUACAACCGAGGGUAAAGGAGAACACACUUCAUGGCGAUUACGCGACGCAAUCUCCUGUGGUCGACCAGAGUGAAAAUCGCAGAACGUUUACGCUUGAUCACGUGAGCGGUUCGGUGGAACGUGACCUGUCACGUGGUGUUCCUGUAAUGGAGGUUCUGGAAAAGUUAUCAAACAGUGCUGGACUUCAGAAGGAGAACGCGAAAGAAAUCGAAUGGAAAGAAAACGCCAAAAAUGGUUCCACAGAAACAUCGGACAAAACUGGUGUGAAAAGCUCAGGUUCGGGGAAAAAGCAAUCGCCGCCAAAACCGAAACGACAGAUCUCGAAGAAAUCAAACGCAGGAAAUUCAAACUCGGACGCAUUUGUUAUUGAGUAUUUUUCAUCAAAUGGUCCACAACAACCAAAUGCGUCGAAAUUUCAGAUUGUUGACAACAAGGUUGAAGAGGUUAACUUAAACAACAGUGAAGCGAACACUAAGAAUCCUUCAAAACCCAGCCAAAAUUCGGAAAAUGAAGUCAAAUCAGGUGUUUCUUCACCUUUGACAUUUGUUUCACAACAAAGUGUCAAGGAAAGUGCUGAUUCGGUUCGUCAAGUAUCGAUGGACAAAAAGGCCGACUUGGUACCCACUAAGGACCUUGAAUCGGUGGAGCCGAAAACUGACUCAAACGUUGCGUCUCCCCGAGGACGCGCCACGUGGCGCCCUAGUGGUAGUGUAUUAGAUAAGAUCGCCAGUCUAAUGGAUGCUGCAGAGGACUGUGGGUUGUCUCCUUCUGAUGUUCUUAAUCAAGUAAUUGACUUGCCUUGCGAUGAUGAAGGUGAAAUCGACGAAACGCCAGAUGAAGUUGAAGACGAAAAGGUAGUGACGUCACAGAUUGCUUACCUGCAAAUGCAGCUUGAAGAGAAACGGCGUCACAUCGAGGCUGAAAAAUACCGUGCUCAAGCCGAGUGGGAAGAUCAGCGAAGGAGACUGGGGCAGACUGCGUUUUGGUAUGUCAUUGGAAAAGCUCAAGGGAAUCAGAAUGUCCGAGAAGGAACUGGGUCUGAGGCGGUGCACGUGGACAGGGUUCCCCACGAUAAACCGAGAAAACCUUUGGCCGAGUUUCCUAAUCAACCCUCUCCACCCAUCGCUUGGUCGUCUCCAGCUAACUCUCCACUUCCUGCGUCCGUCUCUAAACCCAGUCCUUCCGGUGAACCGCAGUUUGAAACACGUGAAUUUCGCCUUUCUGAUUACCCACCUGGUGAAGAUCUGGACUUUAAUCAGGAUGUAAUGCGCCCGUCAUCCCAACCAGCGGUCGAAGUGAGUUCCACGCCCACGCCAGUCCCACCACGCCCGUCUUCGCACGAUCCAGCGGCUUCCCGCCACACGGCACCCGCGCGGAAGUGUUGGAAUGUGGACGUUGCUCAAGUACCGACACCACCCCCGUUGGUGUAUCCGGACACAGCCUCUAUGAGUAGCGAUACCAAGCAAGAACGCAACGUCGUUCACCCUCCUGGGGGUGGUACAGCGGAAAUUGAGGUGGAGAUUCACACCCCUAGUAAGAAAGGAUUGGCAAUGUUUAUUGGUGAUGACGCACAACCUACAACACAGGGCUUGACUCCAGAACAAGAACGCAAGCGAGAGAAAUUUAUGAGACUAAGGCAGAAAAAACAAGAAGAGGAUAGAACUAGAAAAGAAGCAGAGAUGGAGAAAAAGAGAAGGAGAGAAGAAAAACAGCGCGAAAAAGAAAUGCUUCAGAAAAUGGAAGAGGAGAGACUACGCCAAGAAGAACUGGAUCGACAAAAAGCCGAGCAGGAACUGAGGAUGAGAGAGGCCCAGGCCGCACGAGUCCCAGACUCCUACUCCACCUACCGCCGCCCUGGGUCUAGGCAACAUGUUUAUGACGUCGAUGAUGACUCUAACAGUUAUUUCGUUCCAGCCCCUGCGCAGCCCUCUGGUUUUGCUGAAUUUAGUGGCCCACAGUGUUAUGUCAAACCGAGCGGCAAGUCUAACAGGAAAAUUAUCGUGAAUGCCAUCUCUCAUGUGUGUUUAUCAGGAACAGUAAACCAGGAUCAAAAAGAGAAGUGUUUACAGGCUAUAUCGGAAUCCGACGGUCAUCACUUCAUGAUCCUGUUUAAGGAUGGACUCAAGUUCCGAGGGAUAUAUGUACACAACCUUGAAAACGACCAGCUGUUCAAAAUAUUUGGAAUCGGACCACGUGUUGUCACGAGUAAAAUGUUGGAAGGUCUUUAUAAGUAUAAUAGCGGUGGUAAAGAGUUUACAAAGAUUCCUUCCAAAACCUUAUCCAUCGCAGUCGACGGAUUCGCCAUCCAGAAAUCUUACUGGCAAAGUGGGAAACCUGUGGUACAGUCCAAGACCUCGUCUAAUCUCAAGAGACCCCCUCGGCACCAACAAAGAUGAAAUCAUCACCCCCCCCCCCCUCCCAUCAGCCACUCUAAGUUGUUAAAUCCCGGGGGAGGAGUGAAUUGAACGCCCGUGACAAAGGAGUAAUGUUCCUUUGUAUAUGGAGUCCUCUUUUUCUGUACUUUCUCGUGCUUGUUAAUGGACAUCAAACAUUGCUCACAAACUUCUCCAUCCCAGCCGAAUAAAAAUGUUAUGUUACAUACUAAGCCUCGCUAAAAGAAAACGUUAAAGAAACCUCAACUGUUCGUAAAGCUACCGGCCGUACUUAUUAAGCAAAACAUGGCUACAUUCAGCCGAGUCAGUGGAGCGCUAGAGAAAUGUGUGUUUGUCCCGCGAAUUACUCUGUAAAUGUUGUAAACACGAAGAAGCGGUUAUGUUAAAAAAGAAGGUAUUUUAAUAUUUAUUGUAUCUUACCUCCCGAGAAACUAUUUAAAUUACGGCAUAUUAUUGUUAAGAGAUGUUGUGACCGGUCUGUACUGACAGACAGAUACUGAACGUGAUCAGCUUUAUCGUACAUUAUAAAUAUUGAAGAUGUUCAUGUAUUACUUGUAAAGAUGAAGUUAAUGUGGAAACAAAGUACGCCUCUGGGAGAUUAUUUGUUGACAAUAAAUUGUGGAUGUAGAGAAAAUGAAAGAUAUAAUCUCUGAUUGAAUGUUGUAUUUUGAGUGUUCAUAGGUGGCCUUACGACAACUUUGCAAGAGAUGUGUUCUAGGCUUGUCAACGGGGAAACAUAUACAGGGGUAUUAUCUCACGGGUAGCUCACAGACUUCCCAGUUUGCUGCAUUGAAAAACAUCCACAAACUAAUAGAAUUUAAGAGUUAAUGGGCUGAAUCAUUUGCUCAAAUUUCAAUCUUUCAGUUUUCAGAGCAACCAAGUUACUGGUAAAACAAUACAUUUUGUUUUGGAAAAUUACAUUUGUGGAUCUGCAAGAGGAAAGAGAGAUUUUGUCACCAAUAACGACUUUUCACUUUGGAAUGCUUCCAGCACAUCUGAGAGUAUUUAAAAGGACAAAAAUAUUGGUUUGUGUCUCGAGAGUUAAAACGCUUUUAAUUAAAGCAAAGCACUCUACGUCAGUAAAAGUAUUCCUGUAAUUGGUGACGCUGCUAGACUACGAGUAGUCCCUCUUUUGCUUAGUCUGUCGUGCGUGACGAGAAAGAAAACCGCGAAAAAAAUAUGGCCGCGCGAGAUCUUAGGGCGAGAAGCGUGCUUCACUCACGCUGUAGGGCUUAAAGUCUUAAAUUGAUCUGAGAAAUUAAACGAUGUUACGUGAAAAAGAUCUAUAGGCUGUGCAGAAUGCGCAUUAGGAAGUAAAAAUUGUUAUCCGCUGGGGUGCCACUUCAUUUGCCACUGUAUUUUAUUGCGUCGCCCGUCAAACUUCAAACUUUUACGCUUCAGACUUGCAAAUGAGCCUUCCUUUCAGGUUAGUUCCAGUCCACCAAAAGGGAUAUCGGAAACGGUUAACAUGACACGUGGCGGACCUUGUGAUAUGCCGGUGGAUAUCAUAAGAGUUUACUUUCAUGUAAUAUGUGUGCGGUGUGACAUUCACGAAAAAGAUUAUAACAUCAACUUGCCGAUGACAUUGGAAAACCUACCACCAACUUUUUCAUGCUGAAGAAACCCAAAAGAAACCAGCUUUACGCGUAACUCACUAACAUUUACUCAGCGAUCUUUGCAUUGAUCAAGCGAAAAUGGGAAACUGUUGUAGUCGUGAAACGCCCGAUGUCGGAAGGCCACUGCUUUAUGAAAAACUGGGUGAAAACGGAGAGCGAAAAGAAAUCGACGAAACAACGCAAACCGCAGAGAUCGAAACCAGUGAGUUGAAUGGAGAUGCUGCAACUUCAGAACCGUCUAACGCCGAAUAGCAAAUUGUGGAAGUAGGCGUUCAUGAACAAAGACAAUGAAAUUUAUAAAUAAACAGUAUGGAAUCCGAGAAAGUGAAGAACUCUACCGCGUAAAUAUUGGAGUCAUGCAACAAAACAUGCUUUUUUUUCGUUAGUGGUUGCGCUUGGUAAAUUUGUACGGGAAAUGGAGAUUAGAAGAAAAGAUGAGAUGCUGUGAUGUGUGUAAAUGGGCCAACAACACAGCGACUUUGUAAAAUGACAGAAUUCUGACUUGAAUAUGCGAUUUUUUAUGCAAAUCGGUGUGCUAUGUUCUACCUUUUUCAUUAUGUAUUUUAAUGACAAAAUCAUCACCACCAAAAAAAAAAAA